UUCAUAUUAAUCUUUUGAAUCAGAACAGCAGCAGAAGUUCAACGCGUCAUUGCGGUAAAUUAAAGUCUUUCAGCGUAAAUGUUCAAACGGAGUUAGUAAACGGAGUCUAUUUUACGUCUUUUGCCGUGUCAGCGAUUAACGUGAUUGCAGGUCAAGGUCUUUCAUAAAGGUCCGGUUAGAAACAGAGCUUCAGAACUAAACUCCUCGACUGCUCCUCCAUGGCUUUACCGACGCUUUCCGCGCAUUGGCCGGGUCGUGUGCGGGCUCUGGAGAGGCAGCUGGUGCGGCAGCGGGAGCAGGAGGCUCGCUGGAGGCAGCAGUGGGAGCUGCACUCGCAGUACUUCAGAGAGCAGGAGGUCCGUAGCAGCAAACAGGCGCAAUGGAGCUCACGGCAGUCCUUCCAGCGCAGUAUGUCAGCAUUUCAGCGGGAGCGAAUGGAGGAGGAGAAGCGGCAGAAACUGAAGGAGCGCCGGGAGCGUCUGAGGUUGAUGCUUCAGGCAGAGAGAGACCUGCUGGAGGCCGAGCUCAGAAAUGUUCGUCCAGACAGAGCCACACUGACCAGACAGCUAGAGGGGAAAACAGAUGCCCUCCGGUCUGCCAGAGAAGAGAGGAGGAAAAAUGUACAGCUUGCACAGGAGCUGCUGAGGGAACACUGGAAGCAGAACAACCCAGGACUGCGGAAGGUGGAGUCAGAGUUGCACAAAGAUCACAUUGUGAGCCAGUGGCAGGUUCAACAGGAGGAGAGAAAACAGGCUGAUGAGAGAACUCAGGAGGAGAAACAGCGUUUUGAGAAUGAGUAUGAAAGGACAAGACGUGAGGCUCUGGAAAGAAUGAAAGAAGAAGAGGAGAAAAGAAGACAAGAGGAAAAGAAGCGAGCUGAAGAUCUCCGCAAACAGAUGGAGGAGCUCAAACUACGGGAACAGGAAGCUGAGCAUCUUAAGCAGGAGCAGGAGGCUCUAAUGUCUCAACGCUGGGAGCUCGAGAAGCUCGAGGAUGAGAGGAAGAGGAUGGAGGAAAGCAGGAGGAAAACUGAAUUUGGGCAUUUCCUGACUCGUCAGUACCGUGCUCAGCUGAAAAGGAGAGCACAGCAGGUGCAGGAAGAACUGGAGGCAGACCGCAAGAUCCUGGCAGCGCUGCUGGAGGGAGAAGUGGAGGAUCAGAGAGUGGAGAAAGCCAGGAGAGAGAGAGCUGUCGCUGAUGCCGCCUGGAUGAAGAGAGUCAUAGAGGAGCAGCUCCAGCUGGAGAGGGAGAGGGAGGCAGAGUUUGAUAUUUUAUAUCGGGAGGAAGCUCAGCGUGUUUGGGAGAAGAGAGAGGCAGAGUGGGAGAAAGAGAGGAGAGCCAGACAGAGACUCAUGCAGGAGGUCUUGACAGGACGUCAACAGCAGUUGGAGGAACGAAUGAAGGAGAACAGGCUGGCAAGGGAGGAGUCUCUGCAGAGAAGAGAAGAGCUCAUUCAGCAGCUGGAACAAGAGAGACUCACCCUACGCCAGGAGAGGGAGCAGCAGGAGGGAGCCCGCACAGCUCGCAUGCAGGAGAUCAAUGCACAGGUGGAGCACAGACGCAAGGAACAGUGGGAGGAGCAGCGAAGACAAGAGCAAGAAGAACUACAAGAGAGGGAGGAGCUUAGACAGCAGGAGGAGGAGCUUCGUACUGAGACAGAGAGAAUGAUUCGACAGGGCUACAAGGAGAGAAUACACAGCAGACCCCGGUCAGCAUGGACAUGAGAGCACUUCACAGGAAGAGUCUUUGUGCCACAUCCCCUUUCAGAUGCUUUGUUUUUCAUUAAGAGUUGGGGAUAUCUAUGUCCAUGUUGAUCUCGGCCACUUUGUGGAUAAAUGACACCCAGGUUCCCCCUGCUUUUAAUAUAUGUUAAUGAUUUACAUUAUGGUUUCCUUAAAUGAUUGCAUUGGUACGUUUUAAACCUCAAAUUUCCAUUGCACCAGUGCUGAGGUUUGCAUGUAGGUCUGUUUUUACAUAUAGAUCGUUUUGUAUAGAUUUCAAUGCUGACAAGGGUUUUAAUAAAGAAAGCGUUAUACAUUGUC